UUGUGAUCCUUCUAUUGAUAGGGGAUAUGGCGCUCGCCAGUGACAUGUACUCGUCUGUAGCCGAAUUAGAGCGACUCUAUCUCAAGGAGCAGCAAGCCGGCCUGAAACUAGAAAGCCUCCUGGAUCUCAUCAAGAAACAAACGACUGCUAUCGAUCAGUAUUUGUCGGAAUUGAGAGAAAUUCGCUCCGCUAAUCUGGACUCGAGGGGAGUCAUCAGUAAUCCAAUCAAUGCUUUCCACAUGAUGAGACGCUUGACAAUCGGCUGGCGAGAAGUCAAAACUACCUUAGAAUUCCACGGCAAUGUUACUGACAUUGUUCAAGAUGUUUUUAAAAUUUCAAAGAGUUUCCCAAAUGACGAGGACCUGUCGGGAGCGGCAUUUUCUUUGGCUCAAUUGCAGGGAGCCUAUCGAUUGAACGUCAGCCAACUAGCAAGCGGUAACGUCCAACUAUCCGAUAGAAUCUCCUUCCCCAGUGUCAGAGGACUGAACGCCCGUGAUUGUCUUUUUAUCGGGAAACAUGCUUUCAAUAAGGGGCUUUACGGCCAGGCCGUUGAUUGGAUUUCCACCGCCGUGGAAGUUGCCCGUUCCGAAAACAAUCGAUCAGCAAGCGUCAGUGAAAUAAAGCCCUUUCUGUCUACUGCCAUUCGAGUGCACGACGACGUUUUAGAAAAAAAAGGUCCUAUUGGAGCCGACUGGAGGACAAAUCCGGAGCCCUUCGAGCGACGAGCCAAGAGUCUCAGCAGAGCUCGUCGAUCUCAAGAACAGCAACAGCAGCAGACACAACGGAUGAGAGAUAUUACUUAUACCCCCUUGGGUGCGGGGCACGGAUUGGCGACCAAUAAGUCGCCCGAAUGGAGCGAAUGGGAAGAGAUGGAAGUCUUUUUCAGGCUUUGUCGAGAAGGAGAAGAAGAAUCUCGGCCAACAGGUCUGAAGGGCAGGUUGAAGUGCCGUCAGAUCAGCCACACUCACCCGUACUUCAUCUUGCGGCCAUUAAAGUUGGAAGAGCAUUCUUUGGUGCCGUAUAUCGCCGUCUUUCACGAUUUCAUGUCCGACGCAGAAACGGAGAUAUUCAAGUCGCUUGCGAUGGCGGAGCGCCUGGAAAGGUCGGCACACGGGAGCAAACGACCAGGACAAGGGGGAGUUACCAGCGAUAAACGCACGUCCAAACAGUCGUGGGUGGAGGAUGGCAGCCAUCAUGUUGUUGAUCAAAUCUCUAAAAGGAUCAGCGACUCUGUCGGUUUGAACAGCCAACCUUCUAAUGUCGGGUCGGAACAUUAUCAAGUGGCCAAUUACGGAAUCGGUGGAAGGUACACACCGCACACCGAUCACGGCGUUUUGUCGAAAUCCAUGGGCGGACCCUCCGAAUUUGAUCUCUUCCGCGGCGAUCGCAUCCUUACUUUCAUGACUUAUCUGGAUGACGUGGAAGCAGGCGGGGCGACCGUUUUCACUCACGCGGGAGUAGUCGUCAGACCCAAAAAAGGAAUGGCCGUCUUCUGGUGGAAUCUCAAGUCGGAUUCGAGCGGUGACACGUUGACUCGACACGGCGGAUGCCCCGUUCUUCACGGCUCCAAAUGGAUUGCAAACAAGUGGUUUCACAGUGGCGAGCAAUUUCUCAAACGCCCGUGUGCUAAAAAACCGCGUUCUCGAAUUUCAUAUCCGGGAACAACGUCGUCUUGGCUAUUAAACAAUUAAAGUAGACUGACGUAAAAAAAAAAAAAAAAAAAAACAAAACAAAACAAAACAAAACAUUUGUUAAUCUUUUUAAAAAAUUUACUUAAUAUUUUGGUUGUUCAGUAUAUAAAAAUCCACUUUACAAUACAAAGGCCUGUAAUGCGGUAA